AGUUAUAUUGUUUUUAUUUUUACCAUCUUUCACUUUAUUUUUUUGCUAUUUUCAUUGCCACCAUUAAUGGAGGGAACCUCAACACAAAUCAAACAUCAUUAGUAUUCUCAAAAACCCUUGUUUUAUUUUUUUUGUUCUGGCGCCAUUUUGUUUACCAACCCUUUCAAAACAUCUAUACAAGUCGUCGAAAUCUGCGUAUAACGAGAGCUGUAGUGUACCGAAUUGACCUUUACUAUAUAAAACUCUCAUUCUUGAAUUUUUUUUGGGGUUUUUUUGAAGGAAGAAAAUGAUGGAAAUGGAGGACAAGGAGAGUACAGAAUCAGGAUCACUGGGAGUUAACUCUGAGUAUGACUCACCACCACCACUGCAGCAGCAACAGCCUCUGCCACAAGUUGUGUCAGCAGCAGCAAAUGGGGGUGGGGGUGGGGUAGUGCUACCCCACCACCAAGAGGGUGGGGGUGGGGGUGGGGUGGUGAUGGGGGUUAAUGGGGUGGUGGAGAAGAAGAAGAGAGGGAGACCAAGAAAGUAUGAUGCUGAGGGGAAUUUAACACCACAGUAUAUAAAAGCUGCCAAAGCUGCUGCUGCCAAAGCUGCUGCAAUAGCAGCUGCUGCUGCAGCAGGUGGUGUUGAUGGUGGUGGAGGAUUGGUUACUUCAACACCACCACUACCUGGUGGUGCUGGGGUGGUGUCACCAGUGACAGGUUUUACCAUAACAUCACCACCAUCUUCUUGUGGUUUUUCAACUUCUUCCUCUACUAAAAGAGGACGUGGAAGACCUUCUGGUGGUUCUAACUUGCAGUUAAUUGCUUCUUUGGGUGAACUGUUUGCACAUACAGCUGGAGGAGAUUUUAUGCCACAUGUGGUUACUGUUCAUACUGGAGAGGAUGUGGCAGGAAAGGUUUAUUCUUUUGUGCAGAAGGGUUCAAGAGGUAUCUGUGUUCUGUCUGCAAAUGGUUCUGUUUCGAAUGUUACGAUUCGUCAGCCCGGUUCUUCUGGUGGUCUCUUGACAUAUGAGGGACGCUUUGAGAUCUUAGCGUUAACUGGAUCAUACACUGUUUCUGAUAACGGUGGCAUGAAAAGUAGGUCCGGUGGAUUGAGUGUUUCACUGGCUGGCCCAGACGGGCGUGUUAUUGGUGGUGGUAUUGCUGGUUCGCUCACGGCUGCAAGCCCCAUCCAAAUGGUGGUCGGAAGUUUCAUGCCAAAUGCGUUUAAAACACACACCAAAAGGAAGCAUCAUCAGAUUGAACCAAGAAUGCCACCGGUGAUCCACAACUCUCCAGACCCUGUUUCAAUGAUAAGACCUGUCUCACAACCACCACCGAUGGGCAACAUAACUCUGAACCAGACAUCUCAAAUGCCAAUCCAUAACCAUGGAGAAGCCGAUAACAGCAUGAGCAACAAAGACUUGCCAAAUUCUACUUCUACAGACACUUCUGACUGUAACGGAUCUGAACCAACAUACGAGCAGAGAUCAUAUCCCGAUAUUAACGUGUCUAUACCUAUGGAGUAGUAGCUAGCUAGCGCGAUUUCGUCAGACAAAAAACUUAGACUAUAGUGUUAUUCUGCUUAGCUGAUUCCUUGGUUUUUUCUUUGACUAUGUUGGUUGUAAGUUUUAAGGAAUCGUAAGGUACUUUGCCUUAUUAGUGACUUUUGAAGUACUAUGCUGACAUGACUAGAAAGAUUAAGAGGACUAAUAUAUCUUUUGUUUUUCUGGUUGUUGUAAUGUUUUAUACAGAUUUUUGUUCCUUUAUUACUUUUAAGAAUGUUA